AUGGAUCUGUUUCAGACUGUUGAUGGAGGAGUUGUUAAGGUGAAUGAAGUCAAAAGUAGAGGUGGGAGGUCAAACUUUGGGCGUAAACGUGACAAUUUUCGAAGAAAUAGUAAUGACAGAGAUGUAGAGGUUUAUCGAAUGGAAGAGCUUGUAGAAGAGAAAGCUCUUGCAACCGAUGUUAGUCAAGCACCCCAAGAAAGUCCAAAAACGAGGGAACUUUUCAAUGAAGAUUUCGAGUCCGAGAGUGAGGAGCAAGUGUUAGAAGAAGAUGAAUAUGAGUCGGAUGGGGCUCAAAUAGUGGAAGUAUGUGGAGAAUAUUAG